ACACCUCACACCCACACACUCUCUCUCUCUCCCUCUCUCUUAGUUGUCUCCUCCUCAAGAUCAUCAGCAACACGCCCAAUGCUCAGAACACAACCCUGCUUCUGCGUCUACGUGAAGCAUGGCUGCAGGUGCAUGAGGACUGACCUCUCUUUAUUUCUUUUUUACACUUCUGCUAGGAAGAUAGAUAGAUAGAUAAAUAGAGGAGAAGAAGGAGGAGGAGGAGGAGGGAAAUGAGCUCAGAAUGCAGCAGCGGCUGCCAGUCUGGUUGGACCAUCUACUUGGUCCACUCCUCGGAUGAGCAGAGUUCUCUUUCCCACAAGCUUGGUGCUGGUUGCUUUCGACCGGAAGAGGAAGACCUGUCCAUGGUCUCCGAUGCAUCUUCUUGGCCGCCGCAUUUUGACGGAGCUGGCUAUUGCUGCGUUUUUUCUGCGCCAGUUCCAACCGACGACGGCGGGGAGAAGGGCGGAGCAGCAGGAGAGCAACAACCACAGAUUCAGCACGCUGUUCUGGAGGACACUGCCAGUUCCCAACUCUUCAGCAACACUAACAAGAGCAAGAGACCCAUGGAGGAAUUGCUGGACUCUUCUUCUUGUGACUUAUCCACCACCCAAUCAAAAGCAAAGCCAAGCCAACCUCAACAACACCAAGACAGGGAUCGAGGAAACAAAGGAGGAAGGAAUAUAGUGAAGCUCGAAGGGAUCUGUUCAGUGUUUUGUCCGCACCCUGCUCUGAUUCCUCCCUCCCUACCACCGACCCACAGACAUUUAGUAUACUGUUAUGGAGACAAGGAGUCAAUUGGAGAGAGAAUCCACCAGAGGUGUCAGGAGAAGGAUUACAAGAACAUACACCAUUAAAGUUCCUUUGUCUUCUUCUGCAUUGCAGAUAUAUAGGGAAAACACACACUUCAAUUGUGAUCAGUGUACCUGUGAACCUAUAGUUGUGAAGCUUUGAAGGCCAGGCUGGAGGAAUUUCUGCUUCGGGCUAUGCCAGCGACACUGAAACAAAAGGAGCAAACUUAAAGCAUCACAAAAUCAGAAUGAUUAUAUGGCAUCGUCUCCUUCCUUCAAACAACGUGCGAGGGCAAUUAGGGCCAUAAUAUUGCUCGCAUUGGUUUUGGCUGCAGAGCACAUGACGCUGACAGUAAUGUGAUCAGACCUUUUAUUUUCUACUGCAGCUUUGGGAGGGAUGAAAUGUGAAUGGCGUACAACUUUCAUCUUCCAUCUAAAAUGAAUAUAAUUAGCUAGGGGAGAGAGCAGGGAUGAGUAGUUUGUUAUAUAUAUCUAGUGUAGACUAUAUAUGAAUGGUAUUUGGAGUAGACAACUCAACUCCCCUAGGGUUCCUUCAUCUAGGAUCCCUAAGAAAUCUUCUCUCGUUUGGAAAAAAAAAUA